UUUUAUUUUGAAAUAAGCAGAGUGGGUGUGCUGUGUGUGCCGUUUCUCUUCCUGUUAGCCGCUUCUUGGCCGGGGUUCGUCUGCUGCGCUUGAACUUCCGACACGGCAGAAUCGGUCUUUAUUACAGCAGCACAUCACAUUACAGAUGGACCAGCAGGACCAGUCCUAUAUGUUUGCCAGUCUGACACGACCUCACUCUGAGCAACUGCUACAAGGCCUACAGCUCUUGCGGCAGGACCAUGAACUGUGUGAUAUUGUGUUAUGUGUAGGCGAUGCAAAGAUUCAUGCCCACAAAGUGGUGCUGGCCAGCAUCAGUCCAUAUUUCAAGGCCAUGUUCACAGGUAACCUGUCAGAAAAGGAGACAUCUGAGGUGGAAUUCCAGUGCAUUGACGAGACGGCCUUGCAGGCCAUUGUUGAGUACGCAUACACAGGCACAGUGUUUAUUUCCCAGGAAACUGUGGAAUCUCUGCUACCAGCUGCCAACUUACUGCAGGUCAAGCUAGUACUUAAGGAGUGCUGCUCCUUUUUGGAAAGCCAGCUGGAUGCUGGGAACUGCAUUGGCAUUUCUCGCUUUGCAGAGACUUACGGCUGUCAUGACUUGUGCCUGGCUGCAACCAAAUUCAUCUGUGAGAACUUUGAGGAAGUCUGUCACACGGAGGAGUUUUUUGAACUGACAAGGGCUGAGCUGGAUGAAAUUGUGUCCAACGACUGCCUUAAAGUAGUCACGGAGGAGACUGUGUUUUACGCACUGGAGUCAUGGAUCAAAUAUGAUGUAACUGAAAGACAGCAGCAUCUGGCUCAGCUGCUGCACUGUGUGCGCCUUCCGCUCCUCAGUGUCAAAUUUCUUACUCGUCUGUACGAAGCCAACCAUCUUAUACGAGAUGAUCACGCGUGCAAGCACCUGCUCAACGAGGCCCUCAAAUAUCAUUUUAUGUCGGAGCACCGGCUGUCCUAUCAGACUGUACUGUCGGCACGGCCCAGGUGUGCCCCCAAGGUGCUGCUGGCAGUCGGAGGAAAAGCUGGACUGUUUGCUACAUUAGAAAGCAUGGAAAUGUAUUUCCCUCAGACUGAUUCAUGGAUCGGAUUGGCCCCUCUCAGCGUUCCCCGAUACGAGUUUGGCGUGGCAGUACUAAACCACAAGGUGUACGUGGUGGGAGGCAUCGCAACACACAUGAGACAGGGCAUUAGCUAUCGCAGACAUGAGAGCACAGUGGAAAGCUGGGACCCCGAAAGCAACACGUGGUCUUCAGUGGAGCGCAUGGCUGAGUGCCGCAGCACUCUGGGGGUGGUGGUCCUGGCUGGGGAGCUGUAUGCCCUAGGAGGAUACGAUGGACAAUAUUACCUCCAGUCGGUGGAGAAAUAUGUUCCCAAGUUGAAAGAGUGGCAGCCUGUGGCGUCCAUGACAAAGUCUCGCAGCUGCUUUGCUACUGGAGUGCUGGAUGGGAUGGUAUAUGCUAUCGGAGGCUACGGCCCGGCACAUAUGAACAGCAUGGAGCGGUAUGACCCCAGCAAGGACGCCUGGGAAAUGGUAGCCCCCAUGGCAGAUAAGAGGAUCAACUUUGGGGUUGGUGUUAUGCUCGGCUUCAUAUUUGUGGUGGGUGGGCACAAUGGCGUGUCACACCUGUCCAGUAUUGAGAGGUAUGAUCCGCAUCAGAACCAGUGGACAGCCUGCCGACCAAUGAAUGAGCCGCGCACGGGUGUCGGCUCUGCGAUUGUGGACAAUUGCCUUUAUGUGGUGGGAGGUCACUCUGGGUCAUCCUACCUGAACACUGUCCAGCGCUAUGACCCAAUUUCUGACAGUUGGUUGGACUCAAACGGCAUGACAUACUGCCGCUGUAACUUUGGCCUGACUGCCCUUUGACCCAUGGCCCAGCCAACUAGGAGCCAAUAAGAGAAGUUAGACACAAAACUUUUUGUUCUUGUUAUUGUUGUUGUUGCCUCUUCCUUCCCCACGUUCAGCCUUCAGGGGCAGAAGUGCGCUGUGCCGCUAUGCGGCACGAUGGUGUCAUGAAAGCCUCCUAGGUGGACGGAAGAGACGGACAAGCCGGUGAGCAGCGGGGAUCACCGAUACAAUUGCGGUGACGAGGAUGUGAAGAGGUUGCGUGCUGUUGGACAACACUGGCGACUGUGAGCCAUUUUCCAUCGGACUAUGGGAGUAAUCGGUCCAUGUUCACGUUGGCAGACAUUUUUUCGGUUAUCUCCAUCAGUCGUUUUAACAUCCACUGCACCACCUCCCCUCCCAUCUGUUUAGGUUUUGUAGUUUGCUGUGCGUCCAUAUGAAUACGUGGUUGUUGGCCUUCAGUGCUGACAUGUGCAUGUCUGGUCAGAUGACUUGUGUGUCUACGUUUAGAUGUGAUGCUGCACCUCAGUGACGAACCAGUUCUGCAUCAAACCAAAGGGCUGCCUUUUUCUCUCUUGUACAUAGACAAAAAUAUAUACAACUACGACUAUAUCCUCGAGUGCGUUGCCUGUACAUGUUUUCUGCACUGGGUCACUCGUCUGUGCGUUUGAUACCGGGGGGUGACCGUGUCGCCUGGAGACAUUUCAAAACUCUGUCAAACACGUUCUGUUACGGCUUCCUCACGUCAGGUCGUGCACUUGCUAUUUCACAGUUGUUGAAAUCGGACCUCGACCUCGUUUUCACCCCAUUGGUUCUGUAAAUAAUACUGACUGGUGCUAUAUUUAGGAUUCAGGAUCCAGCUGUUUGUCUGUGUUGCCCCCUGCAGUUAGUCCGUAUGACCGCAUUGUACGUUUAUUGGAUUUAUGUGACUCCAAAUGUCUCACAGAGCCACGCAAUAAGCUGAAAGCACUCGGCCUGAAGUAUUAUUUUCGUAGUUUGUUUUUAUGAUCAGACGGUUGGUUAAAGAAAAAUUCCCAACACAGUUUCACAGACGCCGUUUCCCAGGUGACUUUAAAUGACUCAUCGAGCAGCAAAACAUUCCUGUGGUUUGUGACAAUCUGUCAAAACCACUUUCUCAGCUUAAGUCCAAUUUAGGCUAAUUCACAGUUAGUUUAAGGCUGCUUACAUGAGUGUAAAGCAGUCUAAAAGUACUUUAAAUCCAUCCAUCUUUUGUCACAAAAUAUAAUUAGUUCACAUUUAAUCUCAUUAAAGGAAUUAAAGUCAUUUUACUGUUUAAAACGGUUUAAAAGAAAAUAACCAUUUUGAGCUAGUUUAGAAAAGGUUUACACACAAUUUAAAAUCAGUUUUGUUGUUAACGGAUGUAAGUGGUUAACAGAACACAUGAUUUUCAAUCAGCCAAACACAAUUGAUGUGUUGCAACUUUAUGGGCAGCGUGUAGUCGUAACGACAUUAUCAGCGGGAUGGCAGUAAAUACAACAAAGUUCAGUUCUAGUCAAUCACUGGUUCCUUUUUGGGGAUUGACCCCCAAAACUCAGUAGUUUCUAUUCAGAUCCCGCUGAACAUUUUCAGCAGAUUUUAUAGAAAUGUUUUUAUUAAGCCUACUAAUAAACCAACAAGGAUACAAGAAUUUGUUUAACCUUUUAUUCUAAUUGAGGUAAAAAUGAUCCAUGUACGGUCGGUGUAAUGUUGUUCUUUACGCUGAUCUCUUGUUCACCCUGUGUCCCAAAAACAGUUGAAAGUUGACCAGUAGAGACUUGAAUAUGGGUGAUCACCAGUUCCAAAUUUGAGUGUCUGACUGGAAAAACCAAUCUGAUUUUCUACCGGUGAAACAGAUUUCAGUCCAUACUGGUCAUAACUCCAGACCUCUGCUUGGUUGAGGUGUCUCUUAUGUUGGCUAAAGAUGACUGUCAUCUACAAAGGAAAAUAAUAGUUUAUUUAGUUGUUUGUUCAUGCGUCCACCAAAUUAUUUUUAGAAACUGUAAAACAGAGACAUUGAUCCAGAGGCAUAAUGUAGCUUGAGUUCCGUGUAUGACCGUGACCUUUUAAAGUGGCAAGUUUUGCUUUUUGUUCAUCAUCCACCAAGUUGUCACAGAAUCCAUCAAAGAUUUCUUGGGUCUGAAUCAUAGAUAUGUUUUUGCUUCUUUGCUUGUGAGUCGGCCUGAAAUCGCCUCGAUGGUCUCUUUUAUUGAUAGUGUUUGCUGGACGAUAGCAGUUACUAAUGCGAGCCAGUUGGAGGUUUAUUUUCAGCCCAGCUGUCUUAUUUUGAUUUAUUCAUAUAUUGCGUUUCUGCCAGUGCAUUUUAACAGAUCAGUUUCUGUUAUAACACAUAGCUAAAUGAACUCACACUGUUCAAACCCCUGAAAUAUUUCCUUUUGUCUCUUUCUUACUGAUGUAAUUGUUGACGUGUUACAUUCUUCCAGGCUGUUGUGCAGAUGGAUGUAGAACAUCACGAUUUCUAUCUGUCACUUCAGUCUUCCACCGUACAUUCUUAAUGAGUACACUGGAGUCCAGACUGGUUGAGAUACUUGGUGAACGGUAGGGAAUGAUCAGUGGAUGACCAGUGGACUGCCACAGGCUGGGUGCUACACCCUGAACAACUUGGCCCUGCCAAAUGUUUUCCACAUUUGGUAGAUAGAUGGUGCCAAAUUAGUAGACUGUAAGGAACAAUCGUCCAUUUCAGUGCCACACUGAUGGCAGAUAUCACAGAUGUGUGGCCUGGGGCGUUGUCCUGACCAAACCAGAACCCCUAUUUAGCUGUCUUGGGAGUUGAGUAUGAGUCUUGUAAUGUUGACUCAUUUAUGGUUUUGACUCUUGAGAAAGUUCUUCAAGCAUUGCCUUUGUAUCCCAGGAAUCUAAGGCCAUGACCACAAUGAAGUGAACUUGGCCUUUGCGGGGGGUAAGAAUACUACAUUCCACUUCACAGGUUGGAUCUUUGUCUCAAAGAUAUGGACUUCGCACUUCUCGUUGGUUAGAAAAAAUUCAAUGAAUUUAGUCUGCUCCAUUGCAGAAUGUUCCUUGUUUUGGUUUGUGCUUCUGUCUGUGGAAGGUUCUCAACUUUCUUACAAGAGAGUCCAGCUACAGUAGCAUGUAUCAGGCAGUGAGUUUUGCCAUUUGAUGCGGUGGGGGUAUGUUGUCAGUGGGGGGUACCGGCCAUCCAGAACUUGAGUCUUUUUCACAGAUCUUUCUACCCUUUGGAAAUUCAGCCGUCCACUUGUGUGUUGUUGUCCACUACUGUAGCAGAUGUAUGGAGGUGAAUGUCUUUAGGAUUUGAACUGUUCCUCUGCAGGUACUUGAUGAUAUUAUUCCCCUGCCAUUUUGACAAAUGCUCUAUUCUUUUUUUCUUUGACAAACCCCUAAAAUUGGUCAUAUCUGGAAAAUGAGCAAUUAGUAGUUGGUUAGUUCUUCAAUAGACCCAAGAAAGAAGUAUCCACACCUUACUAACUGCAGCACCAUCUUGUGGUGGUGGAGUUGAAGUGUCAUUGCUUUAAAUUGAAGGAUAGAAAUGACGAGGAGGAAUUGGCUGUACCAGCAGUUAGCUUUCACCUAAAUUACAACCAACUUAAGCUUCAGUUUGUUUCAGAAAGAUUUUCCUCCUAUGAUGAGGAUUCCACAUUCUGAUCCAUGAAUUUACAGAGUCUUUGAUAUGUUUGGGUCCCCUGAUAAUGCAUAAAAAAGAAUAAAGUAGACCUGAGAUUUGAGGUGCUAGAACACAGCCUAGGCCUAGAACAUCCUGGAUUCACUCUCACUCACUCAUCUUCAACUGCUUAUCCUGGUUCGGGUCAUGGGGGCAACAGCUCCAGCAGGGGACCCCGGACUUCCCUUUCCUGUGCCACAUUGACCACCUUUGACU